ACAUGCAACAUUAUCGCAAGCAUUCAAGAAGUCGAAAAACAAUGAAAGAAGAGUCCGUACUACUCUACACAACUCUUAGCCUCAUCAUUGUCGUUUUAUUAUCAAAACUGUUGUUCCAAACCAAAAAACGACAAUACAAAAAGCUUCCACCAAGCCCACCUUCUCUCCCACUCAUCGGCCACCUCCACCUCAUAAAACAACCCGUCCAUAGAUUUUUCCGCGAUCUCUCCCACAAAUACGGCACUGUUCUCUCCCUGUGGUUCGGUCCUCACCGUGUUGUCAUCAUAUCAUCACGCUCAGCCGCCGAGGAAUGCUUCACCAAAAACGACAUCGUUCUGGCCAACCGUACCCAAUCCCUAAUCGGAAAACAUGUCAGCUAUAACCACACCACAGUCGUGGCUUCCUCCUACGGCGAUCACUGGCGCAACCUCCGCCGCAUCGGCUCCAUCGAGAUCUUCUCGGCCAGCCGGCUAAAAUCACACUUGGACACACGUAAGGACGAAAUCAAGCGUAUGAUUUGUAAACUCGCUGAGAACUCCCUCCGCGAAUCGGAUAAUAAUAACGAAUUUGGGUUUGCCAAAGUGGAGAUGAAGACGAUGUUUUCGAACUUGGCUUUCAACAUCAUAAUGAGAAUGGUGGCCGGGAAACGUUACUGCGGCGAUGACGUCAGCGACGAGGAGGAGGCCCUGCAGUUCAGGAGAAUAAGGGAGGAGGUGAUCCCCAGUGGCGGAGUGGCCAACUCGGCGGAUUUUUUGCCUUGGGCUUUGAGUUGGGUGGGAAAAGGGUAUGAGAGGAAGGUGAAAAGGGCUGCUAAGAGAAUGGAUAGUUUCAUGCAAGGGCUAGUUGAUGAGCGUCGGAGUAUGAAGGCAGACUCUACAAUGAUUGAUCAUAUGCUUGCUUUGCAACUCUCCGACCCUCAAUACUAUACUGACGAAAUCAUCAAAGGCUUUAUAGUGGUCCUACUAGUAGCAGGGAGUGAUACAUCAUCAGUGACAUUAGAAUGGGCAUUAUCUAAUUUGGUCAACCAUCCUCACAUUCUAAAAAAAGUAAAAGCUGAAAUUGAUGAACAAAUUGGUGAACAUAAAUUGAUAGACGAACCAGACCUUUCCAAAUUACCAUACCUCCAAAACAUCAUCUCUGAGACCUUACGUCUAUUCCCGGCAGCUCCAAUGCUCCUACCUCACUUGUCCUCGAAAGAUUGCACUAUUGAGGGAUACGACAUUCCACGUGAAACUAUUGUGUUUGUUAAUGUUUGGGCUAUUCACAGAGACCCUACAUUAUGGAAAGACCCCGAAAGCUUUAACCCAGAGAGGUUUGAGAGUAGAGAACAUCAAAGUAAUGUUAACUUGCUUAUGCCGUUUGGACUCGGAAGGAGAUCUUGCCCUGGCAAUGGUAUGGCCCUACGAGUAAUUGGUUUAACUUUAGGAACUUUGAUUCAGUGCUUCGAGUGGGAAAAAGUUAGUGAUGAAAAAAUUGACAUGACUGAGGGAAGAGGUAUUACUAUGCCAAAAUUUGUGCCUCUACAAGUAUUGUGCAAAGCGCGUCCUAUCAUGAACUUAGUUCUCUCACAAUGAUUUUAGAGAAUAAUAUACAUAUAUAUGAAUAUGUAUAUUUAUGUAUUAAUAAGGUUUAGUUUUUAUUCAGCAAGUGUGACUCGCUAUUUAAUAGUGAUCAUAAAAGAAUAAAAGAGGAUUUUGAUUGUCUUCCAAAAUAUUACCUUUAUCAAAGUGGCCCUAUUUGAAUUUUUACAUUAA